UAAGAACUAAAAAUGAUGAAUCCGGGCAAUAAUCGACCUCACAUAGUAAUAAUCAAAUAUAAAAUUAACUGAUUAUAAGUUUUUUGGAUUUUUAACAUCGAUUAAUAUUGUUUGAGUUUUUGUGUUAUAAUUUGACAUCCCUAGGAACUGUCAAAAUUUAAAAAUCGUGCGUUGAGUUUGAUUGUUUGUAUUUGUGUUUACUGGUAAACAAUUGUUUUUUUCCGUGAAUAUUACUCAUAUUUUAUGAAAAUGUCUGCAAAUGUAGUGAUGAGCGGAAGGAAAAAGGAGUUAUUAGCCUACAAAGAGAAAAUUUUAAAAGAUCUCGAGUAUUAUAAGUUAAGAACUGAAGAAGCGAGAGCGAGUAGGAGUAAAUCUUUUGUUUAUGACAGUGAUAGUUCAGACUCAGAUUCAGAGUUACCCAUAAAAGUGCACGUUGGUCCAAGUUUACAACAGCUAAGACAGCAGCAGAACUCACUGCGGACAUGCCUGCAAGCGACAGAGGAGUUGACGGGCCUGCAAGUGCUGCAGUCCCAGGUCAACGUGCUUACAGAGGACCCAGUGUUUGAGGGUGAACUACCAGUGACGGAACAAGGCGUAUGGCGCGAGGUGACAGCGGACUGCCGAGUGGACCUCGUAUUGUUCUCAAUUUCAUUUUACGUGCAUCAGGCGGUAGGUCAGUUCGGUGCGUGGCGGUACCGUGGUCUCAAAACGUCGUGCACGCGGCCGGCACACGAGGCUGAGGUCGCCGGUUCGAUUCUCGCCACGGUCACUACGCCCAGUGAUGCCGUUGAGGUAUUGAAGAACUAUGCGGUGGGCCAUCGUUCAAGACGUACCACACUUGCGUCACUCGUCAAGAAAUAUCCAGAUUUCUUGCAUAUGGAACCCAUGCCCGAAGGCGGUUACCUAUUGAAAUGUGCUGAUCUUCUAGAAGUAUCAUGGACGUUGCAGAACAAAUGGUCUCCCAUAGCAGCUUUCCAUCAUCGCAUGAAAUUCGACUUGGAGUAUAUGGACGAGUGCUAUAUAAAAAUCAUAACGCAAGCUCAUCGCCAACUAUCAGAUCCGACUAUAGAAACUGACGAAAGAACUAUGUUACUAUCCAAAAUCAUAUCAACUUGCUUAGAAGCAAGAGGUCCAACCCAAGAGCUAUACGAAAGUAUGUCUUCGGAUCCAGAAACGGCACAAUCUUUGAAGAACAGACGAACUACUUUAAUUGAAGAACAAGAACCACCCGUAGUUGUCAAGAAAAAGGCCAAAGAAGUUAUGGCACCACCCAAAUCUCUGCCAAAGAAAGCUAAACCUAAAGGCAAAGAGAAUAUGGCUGAGAAUCCUAAAAGACCUGGUGAAGAAAUCGAUAACAAAGCCAAGAAAACUAAAGCGGAUGGAAACAAGGAGCCAAACAAAGUAAACAGUGAAAAUGUCAUAGAAAAAGCUUUAAAUAAACAAAAGAGUGAUGCGAACAAUAAAAAUAAUGACGCAAAGAAAUCUAAAGGGAGCAAUGCUAAUAAAAAUGACAAAAAAAGCCCUAAAAAUGACGAAGCACGUUCGAAUCCGGUGACUAAUGCCGAAGAAAAUGUUGUUACAAUGAAAAAUACUAAAGAGAAGGAAACAACAGUAACUGCCCAGAAGAAGAGUAAAGCAUCAAAAGUUGCAACUGACAAAAUUGAUGCUACAAAAACGAACGCAGUUCAAAAUGUUCUAAAAAGUAAACCAAAUUCAGGCAACAUUGAAAAAGUUAAAAACGCUAUUAAUUCUAAGAAAGCAGUAACAAAUAACGCGGAACAAGAAAAACAAACCCAUAAAGUGCCUUCUAAUAAUGAAAACAAUGAUAAAAUAAAGAAUGGUAAUACGAAAGACAAAGUAGUCAAAACUAAUGCUAUUACUAAAACCGAUAAGAAUAUUAUUGCAAAGCAGAAAGUUUCAGAAAGCGAAGACAAAACAAAACCGGUGUCAUCUAAAGACGAUUCUGGCAACAAUAAACUUGACAACAAUAAAGCUAUGACUAAAAUGUCUGCUUCUAAUAAACCCGUCAGUAGUAAACAAAACGAAAUUAUAAAAACCAAACAACAAACAAACGAUAUUGAUAAAACUUCAAAAAGUGUUAAAAAUAAAGUUCCAGCUAAACCAGUGAAAGAUAAAAUAAAUCCUACUAAAGAGACCAAUAAACAGAUUACAGACAAAAAUAAAGAUAAAAAUAAACAGAGUACAGUACAGGAACCCGUAGAAAAUACCAUAAAUGGUGCCAAUCUCAAGAGAAAAAGUGAUUCGGCCGAGCAAACUGCUAAAGAUGUCGAUGCGAAUGUUGACGUUGCAAAAAAAACAAAACUUACCAAACCGGAUAUCACAAAUAAAGCUACAAACAAUAAAUUUGAUAAAAAUCAACAGAAAAAUGUGAACAAGCAGACACAAGGCAAUAAUCUGAAAACUCAGAAUAAAAUUAUUAAGAAAAUUGAUCAAAAUAGUCGACCUAAAGCAACUAUAAGUAGUAUGAAGACUUUAAAUACUGGCAACAUUCAAAGAGUUUUCAGUGCUGGCAACAUUUCUAAACAGAGCUCUGAGAAAACUUCUAGAAUACCACAAAAGAAGCUUUCACCGAAUUUGAAGAAAAAUCCUCUCAGAAUUAGUCCAAGAAAGGUACCGUCCAAGUUCAAGACUGCGACAACAUUUGGUAACAAUAACAAAACUGUUACCAAGACCACAAAUAUACCAAGGUUAUUCAAGAAUCCGUCGCCAAAGGACUGAUUUGAAGUGUUUUAAUUAAUAUUAAAAUCAUUGAACUUGAUAUGAAUCUAUUGUUAAGGACUAUUUUUGUAUUGUUAUUUGUAAUUACUGAAAAAUAAAUGUUUUUUUAAUGUAUUAAAAAUAAAAC